UCAUCAUGUUUCUAUGUUACACACCUAAGUGCAGGAUUCCACAGUGCCUGCCAGACUGAUCUACCUUGUAGCAGUCUGGACCAAUCACAAGGUGGGAUUUGAUCAGUGUUUUGGUGGGGAGGGGGUGUCCAGGUGGGGGAUGGCUCCAGAUGCAGUUUCUGAACAGUCCCAUUUCAAUGCAAAGAUUGACGUGAAAAUUGCUGCCAGGCAACUUUUAAUGUGCAAGAAAACUCAGAUAAUCUGCUAACAGCAGUUCCUAUGGCUUGGCAUCUGGCUCACCUCAACACGCCGGGGCCCCGGUUCCCGCGCUGCCUUCAAUACACUGGAGCCCCGGUUCCCGCGCUGCCUUCAACACUCCAGGACCGUUUCCUGCACUUCGUGACCCUGGGGCAUCAAUUCCCACUCCCUUUAACGUCACUGGGGCUCCCAUCCCUCGGCGCCUGGAUACUCUCCUCGUUUUGUUCCCGUGCUUCCUUUACACUUACCGCGUUCGCUGGAGAAUUUAUUCUAGUAUCGCGUGACAUCUAUAAAGCAUGCACUAAAAAGUGUGUUAGCGUGUUAAUUGGGAAUAACGCCCAACAGUCCGGAAAACCCUCCAAUCGCCCAGCAAAGGCUCUCGGCGUGCCGAAUUAACGGAGUUGUCGCCCAAGUUCGAGAGAUGUUUUUCUGUUGAUUGUAGUGAAUGUUCCCGUGAUGAGCAGCACCGAUUUCGGAACCACGGAGGGUGAAUGUCUUGGCACCGGUGUCAAUUUCAAGACAUUAGUUUGCGGGGGACAAAUUAAAUGCCCUCACUGAUAGUUGUGGGUGAUGAACCACUUUCUCAACGUGAGCAACACAUUUCAUUUGUCCAUUUCCCAUCCAUGCGUGAGCCGGUACUUCAAUACAAAUUUCCUCCACACACUUUACUGCAACAACGCCUCCGCUUGUAUCAUAUCAAAAUUCCACUUGAGACGCUGAUUGAAAUGCAGACAGUCUAAAAUGGACCAUUGAUGCGAUAAUGCAAGCGUUAGAACGGGGCCACGCACACCUUCCAGAACCUGAAAGUGCAACGUUGUACUCUCCUCCCCGGUCUCUGGUGGGCCCUUCUCUCUCUCUGUGUCUCCCUCUCUCUCUCUACGUGAAUAAUUCUGACUCCGAACGGCAGCACUGAGAAACCAGGCACAUCUCUACAGCGACGAGGGCAGUUGAGGAAGGUCAUUUGUCACCAAGGUUCCACUGGAUUAUUGACCACUCCUCCUCCCAAUUUAUAUAUCACUCCCACAUUUUUUUUUGGAGUGACUCCUGACUCUGAAUGAUCAGCUGCUCGCUGGUAGCCUGCUUUCACUGGAGCACAUUGAGCAGGUUCGAUGUAGGUGACUAAUGUUUAAGGUGUGAGGAUUCGAUCCGCUGUGCCGAGGGGAUCCGCGUCUGGCGGCUGCCUUCCAGUAGCGGAGAUUCCCAGCGGAUCCCAAUGAAGAUCUAGGGGGCCGCGGGGGCUCGGAAAACGGGGAGAAACCGUCACAAAGCCGAUGGCUCGUCGACUUCUACCUUAAUAACACCAGCUCAGUCAAUCCGCCCAUCUCCAGCCCCCGAGCUAAUGAUCUAUUUUAAGAUGUCCGGAGUUGGACCCUUAUUUACCAAAGAAAUAUCCGCCGAUGGAUUACAAGCACCGAUCUUUCAGUUGACCAGGGUGAACAGGAGAAGGAGUAGAUUAAAACGUUCGGAUGGAAGCACAUCGUCUGACACAACUUCGACCAGUUUCAUUCUCCGACAGGGUUCAGCAGAUUCUUACACGAGUAGGCCAUCGGAUUCUGAUGUUUCCCUAGAGGAAGAUAGAGAUGGGAUUCGGCGCGAGUCCGAACAGCAAGCAGCCGUGCAACUUGAAAGAGCCAAAACUAAACCUGUCGCAUUUGCGGUAAGAACAAAUGUCACUUACUGUGGCGCUCUGGAUGAAGAUGUACCAGUGCCAGGAACUGCCAUCUCUUUUGAUGCCAAAGACUUUCUACAUAUUAAAGAAAAGUACAACAAUGACUGGUGGAUAGGACGACUGGUGAAAGAGGGCUGUGAAAUUGGAUUCAUUCCAAGCCCCCUCAAACUCGAGAACAUCCGAUUACAACGGGAACAGAAAUCACGACAGGGACGUUUUUACAGUGGGAAGUCCAGUGGGAACUCUUCUUCCAGCCUCGGUGAUAUGGUGUCUGGUACGUGGCGUUCUCCCUCCCCUUCUUCAGCAAAACAGAAGCAAAAAGUGACUGAACACAUUCCUCCUUAUGAUGUGGUGCCAUCCAUGAGGCCAGUUGUGUUGGUGGGCCCUUCAUUGAAAGGUUAUGAGGUGACAGACAUGAUGCAAAAAGCGCUCUUUGAUUUCCUAAAGCACCGAUUUGAUGGAAGGAUAUCAAUUACACGGGUGACAGCAGACAUAUCCCUAGCCAAGAGAUCGGUUCUAAAUAAUCCCAGCAAGAGGACAAUAAUGGAACGGUCCAACACACGGUCCAGUAUAGCCGAAGUGCAGAGUGAAAUUGAGAGGAUCUUUGAACUGGCCAGAACUUUGCAAUUGGUUGUUUUAGAUGCGGACACCAUUAAUCAUCCUGCACAGCUCAUCAAGACCUCGCUCGCACCAAUCAUCGUUCAUGUUAAAGUUUCUUCUCCAAAGGUGCUGCAGAGGUUGAUAAAGUCCAGGGGAAAGUCACAGAGUAAAAACCUCAAUGUCCAGUUGGUGGCAGCAGAUAAACUGGCACAGUGUCCUCCAGACAUGUUUGAUGUCAUCCUGGAUGAAAACCAAUUAGAGGAUGCAUGUGAGCAUUUGGCAGAGUAUCUUGAAACAUACUGGCGUGCAACGCACACCCCCAGCAGCGCACCACUGAAUCCAUUGCUGGGCCGGAACUUAGGUAGUACUGCACUGUCAACAUAUCCUUCAGCUAUCUCUGGGUUACAGGGGCAGCGAAUGAGCAACAGCAAUCACUCUGGUGAACACAUACCUGUUGAACGAACGCGCUUGGUCCACUCUGAUGAAAACGGCCACAGUGAGAGGGCGCGGAAGAACAGGAAUCGCUUGUCUUCAGGUUCCCAGCACAGCCGAGGCCAAUACCCACUGAUGGAGGAGGAGUAUUCUGAUCCCUAUCAGGACACGUACAAAUCACGAAGGAGUCACGGAUCACCUGGGGGCCACAGCCAUGAUUCUCAACACAGGCUAUGAAAAAUGUUCUUAUUCACCUACAAAAAAAAAUACAAGAUAGAGAAAAGAUUUUUUUUUUAGAAAAAGCAAAACCCCUGCCUUGCAGCAUUAAAUGUGAACAGGGAAGCAUUCAGGCAGUUCUUAAUAUUUUAUUAUUAUUGAAACAACAACUCAAAGUGGUUUUCAAAAAGUCUUUAUCCCCCUUUCAGGCUAGUUUGCUCACAAUGGAGACAGUCUGGUCAAGUGUUUUCCCAAACACUUUACUGGUUUUGUAAAUAUGAAGAAUGCAUGGUAGUGUGAUCCGUGAUACCGUGUGUUUAUUUUCACUGUGUCACUGAGCACAUCUACCUCUUUAUAUAUUUUGCCUAUAAAAUGACCACAUAUAUUACAUACCUUGGCGCUAAAAUCAAUACUUCCUCUGCUAUAGUGCCAACUUAGCCCUACAGUCGGUGUGGUGGACCUUGAGUACAGGUGGGUUCCUGGCACUUAAACCUGCUCGUAAAGUUCCCAAUGCAGUGACAAAGCUCCUUUAAUGCAUAACACUCUUCACCUGAUUCCUUGUUAGCAAUAAGUGGUAUUGCAAUACAACCCUGUACUACCAUUGUUUCAACAAAUUUUGCUUCAGCGUGUGAUUCCAGAAUUUAAUGCAGCUCUCCAUACAUGUACAGCACACUAUCUGCAUGAGACAAGCGGUAACAAAUCACCUAUUUACAAGUAAGAUAUUAUUUAAAUUUAAGAACAAUAAAUUAAGCUUUUAUGCAUUUGCUAUUUGUGUAUGGUUUUUUAAAGGUAUUAUUUAUAAAGGAUGAAUUCAGGCUGUACAUUAACUUGCUAAUGUUAAUUCCUCUAUUUUUCAUGUUUAGAGAGUUCAGUGUUAUUAGUUUCUAGAUGCAUUAGUGCAACAGAUUUGGUAAAGUCUCUCACCAGGACAAUUUGUAUAGCGAUAUCUGUUUACUCAACCCACACGUGUUAAAGAGAUCACAUUUUGACUGGAAGGCCUACAUUCCAUGGUAGCAACCCUUCACAACGGUUUGACUUACAGAAUUCAGUUCAAUACAAGGUAAGGCCAUUGGGAAAUACUUUGCAACAGUGAUUGAGCAACUGGCUGAAUAUAUCACAGGAUUCAAAAUUGGCAUUGUGCAGGUUUAUUAACCAAUCAGAAUACUGACCGGUUAAGUUAUUUGGAACUGAAUUAUUUUGCAGAAUUCUGAUUUUCCCUUUCUUGGCUAAUCGGAUGUGAUCUGUAUUCACAUAAAACAUUUUGCUAUGUACAAAAAAUAACAUUGUUCCCUUGCAAAAAGUUCAUAAUUUGUCAUUAGCUAUAUUUUUCUCCAAUUUUUUUUACAUCAUUGUAUUUGUAGUUUUCUCUCCUGGAGCCCUGAAUAUCUUCAUGAUCAUUGAUAGCACACAGCAACAUAAUAGAAUUUGAGUUUUAGUGCAUCUGUUGCAAGGCAUGAUGAGUAAGGAUUUGCAAUCAGCUAGGACUUGGGUUGCUUGGUGGGGGAAGAGACAGGGAGAGAGGACAAGGCACAGGGCAGGAGGAGGGAAGGGGAGAGGGGGAAAAGAAGAAAGAAAAAGGGAAGAGAACUUUAAGGGAAAAUUCUUCUGUGGUGUAUUCAUUGGGUCUGUACUGUAUCUGAGAUCGAGGUACACAAUCUCAAUCAGCAGGUACAAUAUAAUAAUUUAAGAAGCACUUGGAUAGGUACAUGGAGGGGCGGGGCUUUGAGGAAUAUGGGCUGAACACAGGAAACUGGGACUAGCUGGGUGGGUGCUGUGGUCAGCAUGGACUCGUUGAGCUGAAGGGCCUCUAUCUGUCCUGUAUUGCUCUCCGACUCUAUGACUCUAUAACCUCCCAUUGUUCCAAAGCACUUUAGAGCCAAUUAGGUUUUCCUCUUUUCAAAGUGCAGUCACCAUUGUAAUAUAUAUCAUAUGGGUUGGCAAUUGCACAUGACAAACACUCCCCCUUCCCCAAAGAAAAUUAAAUAAAGUGAUCAAGAUAAAAUUAUCUGUUUAAAUGAUUUUGUUUGGGGGGUAAAUAUUGACUAGGGUACUCAGAGAUCUGUUAUGUUCACCUAUAAGGAAAGGUGAAGGAAUGUUUUGAUGUAGCAGUUCUGCAUCGGACUAUUUGUUUAGAUUUUGCACUCAUGUUCUGCAAUGCGUCUUGAACCCACAGCCAAUUGAUACAUUGCGCACUGGUGGUAGGUGCAUGAGGUAGGCAGAAGUGGGGUAGGGUUAAACAAUUGGGCUGUAACUUGAUCCAUUAACUGAUGAUUCAAGCAGGGGAAAGACACACAAAAGCCAAUAAAUGAUUUCAAUGCAUUACAAACAAACCAAUAAUAAUGGGCACAAAAUAUAUAUGUUCUAUAAAAGGCCACAUAAUUUCUUAUAUUCACCUCUAGAAGCAUAUAUAUUUAUUUCAAUGGGCAAUUUGUACAAAAUAACUGUACUCAUCAAACAAAUUUACUCUUUUCUUACUUAAUCCAAAUCUUGGCCCAGUUUAGUUAUCUUACAAUUAUAUUAUCGAAGCGCAAUUUACAUGAAUACAUUUAAUAAUCCAUUCUUCAUGCUAACACUGAUUUCCCAGAAUGAAGUACAGAUUUAGAAUAUGCUGAAUUUAGAGGCAUUUUUACUUUGAUUAGGCCACAUAAAUAUAGAUCAUGAUAUCAUGUUGUGAGCUACACACUGGGGAAAUCAAUGACCUUCAACAAUUUUACUAACUAGGCUCACUGGAAUUCUGACUAUGCAUUAGUAAACUUCUGGUAAGGAUACAAAAUGCUGGCUUGUGACUUAAUCCAUAACUUGAAUCAUUUGGCAAAAGGUGGACCUACUGCAGUGGCAUUUAGUAAAUUGGUUGCAAAUUAGGAAUACAGUGACAUGGAAGAAACAUAUUGCCAUUCAGUUCAGCUAGGUGAAUUUAUAGUUCAGUUGCCUAUUUGGGUUGUUGACUGACAUUUCCUAUUUUUAGUACCAAGCUUAUAGCUCAGUCAUUUUUGUUGAUUGUGUUUUUCUAUACCUUGUUUUUUUUAAAUAUUCACUGAAUCUAAAUGGAAAAUUUAUCAAAUAAACAAAUAACUCUUACACGUCAAGAGAUCAGUCCACAUUACAUUUAGCCUGUGGUUUCCUGAGCUUCACACUCCAUGGCUUUUUAUCCCAAGCUCCACACAAUACAGCUCAGUACCAAAUGAUACUAUUUCAAACUUUAAAAAUUUGUCUCACAUUCUCAUUUAAUCUUUUUUUGUCCAAUGAAAGCUUUCUUAGUAUCUCAUGCUUCAGUACUGAAAUGCAAUGGUAUCUUUUCCAAAAUAUGAUGGUCAAAACUGGACAUGAUAUUUCCUAUGGUCUCAGCAGCAUUGCAUAGAAUAUUGGUAUUCAAAUCAGAUACAUAAUAAGUAAGUCUGUUGACACAAAAUUUAUUAGCUAUGGCAGGCAUAAUAUAAUGUACUGCAUUUUCAUAACGUGGUCAAUUGUGAUACUUUAACAAAAUGUCCUUCAGUAUUAAAUUAUAUUAGAGAUUCAUCUAUUGUUGCUCGAUGCUAUGGAAAAGAAUUUGUGUGCAGAUUACUCAAACUAUUGAAGCUGAACUCAGAGAGUGCAGGCAACUGAUGGGGCUACCAUAUUGUUGUCUUAAAGCUCUGAACUGUGAUCAGUAGUGCCAUUUUCUGCAGCUGAGGAUGAGAUUACAAACUUUUGAAUGUAUUUUGUGACAUCUAGAAUAACUCAUACAAUAGUUUCAUUUAAAUAAUGCCUUCAUGUAGAAAGGCAUAAAAAGGCACUUCACACAGGUGUAAGGCAAACCAGGAAAUGGGCUGGAAGCGAUGACUGAAAAGUAAAGCUAAAGGUGGAUUUUAAGUAGUCUUUGAGAGAGAUUGGGGUUUGAUUACAGGUGAGGAGUUGUAUAAUUAAACAAGUAAGUAAAUAAAUAAGGCUUUGCCAAGGCAAAAUUCACAGCCCUUAGGAUAAGAAGUUUGAUAUUUCCACAGCAAUUAAAAGACAACAUAUCAAUUAGAUAUCUAUGCUGAAGCUUGGCAACCAUUUAGUCUGCAAUAACAGAGAGAAAUGAUCACAAAAAAAAACAAUGUUUAGGAACAUAGGAAGAAGAAAAGGUAAUUCAGCCUGUAACUGUACUCCAAUGCCAUUUACCUGCCUUGACUGAUGUUGCUUAAUAUUCUGACAAAAAAAUACAUUAAUCCUAACCUAGCAUUCAUAUCUCUUUGUGGUGGGAGUCAGGAACAAAGAGUUUCAAGUUUUAAUGCCAUUUGUAUGAAGAAAAUUAUUGUAGAUUUCUUUCUUAACAGCAUAGGUCAUGAUCUUAAGAUUAUACCUCCCUGUUCUGUACAUUCCUCCACCAGAGGAAAUAAUAUUCCUGCGUCUAUGCUAUCUAAUUUCUGAUGCAGAGUUUCAGCCCAAAACGUUGACAAUUCCUUUCCCCCCACAGAUGCUGCUUGACCCACUGAGUUCCUCCAGCAGAUUGUUUGUUGCUCUAGAUUCCAGCAUCUGUGGUCUCUUAUCUAAUUUCCUUAUUGCUUUAAACACCCUAAUUAUGUCAUUCCUCUACCCUCUAAAUUCAAAGAAAUACAAGACAAAUUUUAUGUGAUCUAUCUUUAUAAUUUAAUCCCUUAAGUCCCAGUAACAUUCUACCAACCUUUCCUGGGCCAAUAUAUUUUUGCUAAGGUUUGCUGCCAAAAUAAUUGAAUACAGGUGUGAUCAAGCCUUUAAAUAUUUUUUCAACACUCUUCAAAUGAACGUCUACAUUCUAGUUAUCUUAUUGAUUGCUUUUGCACUUGUAGCAAUUUAUUACGUGGACACAAAUUCCAUUGUUCCUUCAGCCUAUACCUUCUAAUUUAAUUGUCAGAUGCAAAGCCGUGUAUACAGCUCCCUGUUCCUUUAUUCACAUCACCUGUAUGGAUCCCAAAUGAUUCUUGCAUAUCAUACUAUGCCCAAAAAUAUCUGAUCCUUCAUGCCUACUUUGAUUUCUAUCUCCCAAGGAACUUCCUACUUAUGUCACAAGCAUACUUCCAAUUUCACAUCUUUACAUAGUGGAUAAACAUCUCUUAUCAGAUCUUGUGCUUCUGAAAUCCAAGUAGUCAACAUCGUCAAUACAAUUUAGCAAUAUCUGCCAACAUUUCAACUUAGUUAUUCAGACUAGACAGUGAUCAAAGAUUCUCUUUGAUUAGCUCAGACCUGCUCAAGUUCUUAGUCUCACAAUAGUAUCCAACUCCACUGGAUCUGAAACUGACAGAUCUGUAGGUACCUGGUUCCACUCUCCUAUUUUCAAAAGAAUGUUAUGAAUUAUUUUUGAAAGAAAAGGCAGCAUUUCAGAACCUAGAGGAUUCUGCAAAGUGAUGUUUAAUAUACCUGCAGUUUCUCUCUUCAACUUGGUGUUAGUUUCUGUUGGAUUCUGACCUCUUUCCCUAUUUUUAUUAAGAACACAAGAAGAUAGGAGCAGGAGUAGGCCACUGGACCCCUCAAGCCUGCCCUGCAAUGAUUUGGCCUCAACCACCACCCUCUGGGGCAGAGAAUACCAGAGAUUCACUAUUCUCUGAGAGAAGAAAUUUCUUCAUACCUCAGUUGUAAAUGGCUGGCCCCUUAUUUUGCAACUACAUCCCCUUGUUUGUGACUUCCCCCAUCUGUGAAAACAUCUGGACAUACAACCUGGUCAGCCCCUUUGUAUCUUAUAUGUUUAAAUAAAGUCACACUUUAUUCUUCUAAACUCUAAGGCAUACAAAUCCAAACUGUCCAGCCUCUCUUGAAAGGACAACCCUCUUAUCCCAGGAAUUAGCCUGGUGAAUCUUCUUUGGACUAUCUUUAAUGUUGCAGUAGACUUUUCUAGCUAACGGAACCACAUCCAUGCACAGUAUUCUGGGUGUGGGCAUACCAAUACCUUGUACAACUGCAACAAAAUCCCCAUAUUCUUAAACUCUAACCCCUUUGCAAUAAAGACCAAGAUACCAUGUUCCUUCUUAACUCCUUGUUGGACCUGCCUGCUAAAUUUUUGUGAUUCAAGCACUAGAACACCAAGCUUUUUGCAGUCUCAUUACAUUUGAAUAAUAAUCCACCUUUUGAUUCCUUUUACCAAAGUGCUUCACCUCACACUUCCCCACAUUAAACUCCAUUGUCACCCAAUCACUCAAUUAAUCUAUGUCCUGUUGCAGAAUCACAAUGUCCUCCUCACAACAUGCCCUUCGACCUACUUUUUUGUAUCAUUGACAAACUUGCAAAUUUUACAUUUAAUUCUCUCUGCCACAUCAUUAAAGUGAAUAGUAAACAACUGAGGGCCAAGAACUGAUCCCUGGGGUACUCCUCUAGUUAAAUCCCUCCAACUUGAAAAGGACCCAUUUAUUCCAACUUUCUGUUUUCUAUGUGACAGCCAGUUUUCAAUCCAUGCUAACACACUUCCUCCAAUACCUCAGACUCCAAAUACAAAUUCUUUUAUUUCCUUACUAUGCUUUACAGUCUUACUGGAUCUAAUUUUAAUAGGUCCACAUUCUCUUUAAUACUAAUAUUAAAUAAAUUUAUUAACAGUUUUGCUUUAUAUUUCUUUUUUGCAUGUGACUCCAUUUGUUGUUUUGGCAGAUUUUCCACUCUGCUAGAUUUUUAUUUUUCCUUGCAUUUGUUUUUUAGUUAAGUAUGAUAUGGUUGAAAUCCACCAUCUGAUAUACUAAAUGUGGAAUGUAGUAACAGUGUGUGUUGAAUUUCACCUUUGACAUUUAUUUACUUUAAAGACAAUGGAAUUAAUUUUCAGAAAUGUUUAGCAUGCAUAGAUUAAUAUAUUACAUGUAAAGUGUAAAGAAAAAAAGUUUUGCUUUGGUCUCUUGCCUUAUUUGCUGACUAUAGUUUCGUAACCGGUUUUGUAUCAUACCAGAUGCUUCACAUCCACUCAGAAGCUAUAAGCAUAGCUGGCCAGGAACACCCUUUUGAGGUAUAUCGGUAAUUAUUUGUUGAUUAUUGAUUAGGGAACUUUACUCUGUGUGUGGUUUAAGACAAUUAAGGUGCAAGUAAUCUGAAUUGAUUGUUAUUGUUAAUUGCAAAGUGAAUCUUUGUUCACUGAGAACUGGGUUUAAAUUAUACCUGGAAGCUUGAUCUGGACUUUUAUAACUUCUUUACUUUGAGCAACUAAUUAAUGCAAACAUUGUUUUUUGAUAGACAAGUUGGCCUCUCUAUUCCUCUCAGAGGUUUUUAUUUAGCUUGUUUUGGAAAUGUUAUUUUUUUCUAAUUACAAAGUAAUUUUAAAGGAUUGGAUUUGGAGUUAGGUGAGGUGUAAAAAUAUUAUGAUUUUUUUUAUGUUCUGUUAAAUGCUGGCGUAUCUAUUUCUAGACUUGUCUGUUCCAAUAUACUCUGGGGAGGUCACCCUCAUUCUGCCCUCAGUAAAAGGGGCUCAACCAGAAUUCUGUUGCAUACUUGAUGAGUUGCAUUAGGUCCUAUCACCUACCUAAUUCCUGAGUUACAUUAGUUCCUGGUUAAGCAAUGCCUCAAAAGUUCAAGUUUGUUUUCAAGCUCUUCCUUGACUUUGCUUUCCCACACCUCUGUAAUCGCCUCCAGCUCUUCAGCCCUUUGAGAUAUCAGAGCAAAUCUUUCAAAUGUUCUCCCAUUAACGGGUGUGCCUUCAGUUGCUGUGGACCCUAGCUCAGAAACUCCCUUCCCCUCAAACUUCUCCACAUCUCUACCUCCCUUUCUCCUUUAAGGCACUCCUUAAAACCUACCUCUUUGACCAUACUCUUGGUCAUCUAUCCUUAUUUUUAUUCAUGUGGCUCAGUGAAGCAUCUUGAAUGUUUCACUGUGCUAAAGGCACUUAUGUAAAUGUGAGUUGUUGUUAUUUUUGUUAUUCUGCUUGUUAAAUAUUGGUGUAUAUAUUGACUGUGAAAUACUGGUGUAUAUAUUGCCUGAUAAAUCCUAGUAUGUAUACUGUCCAUUAUAUGCUGAUAUACAGGGCACUGAAUUAAAAAAAGAGAAAUGCCAGUUUUGAAGCCUUGAUAAUGAUGGGUUAUAUUUCUCUGUGUGCUAAUUUUAGUGAAAAGGUAAAAGUGAGUAUUAAACACUGAUCAUUACUCUCUAUUCACACCUACUUAUGCACUAAUGGUAGCUAAGUGGAGAAAAGAUACAUCUAUAAGUCUUCCUUUUUCAUGCCAACCGAUUGGAGCUCACUUUGGAAAAAAAUACUUUGCACCUUAAUAUAGUCUUUUCUUUAAAAUGUGAACACUGCUGAUAUGUUGUAUUCUUUGCAAGUGACUGUUUUAAUAAUGGCUAGUUAAAUGCGACACUGCUAUUAAAACAAAAUUGCUGCAUGACCUGGCAUGUCAAACAUUGAGAAGAAACACAUCACAAGAUUUCUUGUAAGUUUGUAAAAUUGUUUAACUAUUUGAGGUAACCUUUACUGUUACUGAUCAGUCAUAGAUUGAAGUCAAACUGGAUUUCUGUAUUAGUAGGGUUACAGCAACAUGCCUUUAAGUGUUUUUUUUUAACAUUGAACAGAUUGAAUAGUAAUCAUUAAACUUUGAGACUGCAUGACAUGCAUGUACAUGUUUAUCAAUCAAAAUAAAGCAAUCUGUCAUUAUUCUAAUUACACAAAAAAUCUAAAUAUUUAGUCCUUAAGUACAUUGAGCUAGAAACUGGUGCUUGUUGUACCUGUUUUCUGGAAGGAAACCGGGAGGAAGAGGAGGAGCAAAAUGUACCAAUUUCAUUGGGUCUGUCCUGUCCCCAAACCAUGCCUAAAGUAUGCCCAACUCUUUAGAGUUUAAGGUGAUUUUUACAAAGGUUGCAGGUGGCCACCUAAAAAGGGACAUUUGACUCUGCAUAUGUUAAUGAGGGAUAUAAUGCUGAUUUUAGCAUCCCUCCAUCAUAUUGGGCUGCCUAGUUAUCCUAUUGAGGAUGCAAAAGGUGUUGUCAACUCACCCAAAUUAAUAUAUUGGGCCACAACUGAGAUUUUCCUGAUUUAUUCUUUCUAAUGGACAUCUAAUGCUAAAUUUAGUAGAUUUCUGUUGGUACAACAUCAGCCAGUUGCUGUGGGGUAAAGAGUUGCCAAAAUUUGUCAAUGGUGGACUUUGUUCUGCCAAUUAUUAAUUUCUUCUAAGCAUUCAGACAAUGUCCUAGGUCCAAUUUCCAUUACAAAGCUAUGCUUCUGAAGACAUUCUGCAACACAGACAGUGUGUAUAUGCCUCUAUUAGCAUAUACAGAAUUUGGCCAUUGUGCUUCUGAAGGCAAACUAUGCUACCUUCAUUAAAUAAAAUAUUCUGCCUAUGGUAGGCUUGGAAGUUUGCAGGUAUGUACAGAUCAAGUUAUUGAUCUAUCCAUACAUGCCAGAAAUUUAAUUGUGACUAUAGUGGCCAGUAGGACAAGUUCAUAACUAGAUUUGCAAUUUUUUCAAGCAUAACUUUGGAGCAAUUGCAAUUUUGCAAGAUCACAUUUAUGAUCUUUGAAGAUGAGCACAAUGUUCUACUGUUAUUGAAUCUACCCUCUAGAACAACUCAGAGGUAACUCAGCACUUUGAGAGCAGGGUCAUAUUCUGAAACACUUCCAUUAGAGAUGAUCCCACACUAUAAAUGGCCAUUGUGGAUUUAUUGUGGGUAAGGAGAUAUAAUAUUACCAUUCUAGACCUCCCUUGGAGAUAGUGAAUGACAAGUAUGCAUGGAUGAGCUCUGUAUUUCAGUUAAAAUGCAUAUCAAAAGAUCUAGGGCAUUAUAUAAUGCCAAAAGCAAUGUGAAUGUUGGCUUGCAAUGGAUGGGUACCAAAAUAUAAUCAAUCCUAACAAUGUGGAAUUACUGAAAUAUAGAAUUAGAUAAUUAUAAUACAUGGUACAGAAUGAACCAUUUCCUACAGAACAAAAACAAAGUUACAAGUUAUUUGUACAUUUAAGUCUUGUGCUAUGGAAUGUUACAGUAGUACUUCUCUGCAAUGUGUACUUCAUGUAUGUAUUAGUAUAGGUGCAGGUUGAAGUUGUGCAGGUUGAAGUUGUGCACCUGAACUAGAACAGUAAUGGAUACCUUCGAUCAACUGUUAUGAAAGCUGUAAUGUUCCCCAAAUUGGGCAUUUCUGCAUUUCGAAUAUUGGCUCCAAUUUUAACAUAAAGCACUCUGCAGGAUUUCAACAUCUGGGUGAGCUACCCAAUUUACAACUCUUUUUUAUUUCUGGCUUCAUGAACAUUAAAUUAAAGCGCAUGUACUGUAUAUUAGGUAUCCAACCGGAAUUUGCCCAGUUUUAGCAAGCAUGUUGAGUUAAAAUCUGUGUAGAAUGGAAGGGUGGUGGGAUUAUCUCUGCCUCUUAUCCUGAGGAAGCAUUCUUAAAAAUGGGUGGAAUUCGUGUCAUACACUUCCCUAGUGAAAUUUAUACAUGUAUAAACUUACAAACAAUGGAACUAAUUUUAGGAAUUAAUUGAAUUUUUGCAAUCAAUUGAUUGCAUUUAUUUUCUAAAAUAGUUAUUGCAGAAAUCCACCAUCUGUUUGCUGUGCUAAGUAAAAUUCUGCAUAACAGUUUUGUUCAUUCUGAAUUUUUGCUGAUAACUAGAUCAGAGGUAAAAGUAUACUGCCGCUCUAAUUGUAAUAAAUGCAAAUCUUAAAAGCAACGCAAAAAGUAUUAACACACAUAGAUAUAUAUUGAUCUGUAGUUAAAUAUAAAAAAUUUUGCAGUAAAAAUUAACAUUGUCAGUAGCUCGUCUUCCAUUUCUAGUUUUCAAGACAAAAUAAAAUUUAUAGCAAAACUACAGUUCCCCAUUUUAUAGCUGUCUCAUAAAAUUGUGUUGAACCUUUUGAAUAAUUAAAGUCUAUUAGAAAACAAUGUGAAAUAGUACUUUAAUUAAAAAUUUCACCUUUUAGAAAUUGGGACCAUCGACUUAAAGUGCUAUAUAAGAGAUAUUUUUUGUAGUAGAAAUAAAACUUUACAAUUCAAUUAUAACAGUAGCACUUUACUAAUCUUUAGUACUUUCAUUAGUUAGUUGAAGAAACGAUCCAAUGCUGUACUACAUUUAGAAUACCUCAGUGUGAUAAGGGUCAAAGCUAGUCAUAUAAAGAUUAUUAUCGUAAAAUGAUUUAGAAAUAGAUACACUUUUUUAAAUUAAAUAUAAUUUCAGUAGUAUUUUUGAAUAAUGUUUUCAGGUACGUGGAAUUGAAUUUGCUAAGACUUGGAUUGGAAGAUGGGCUACACGCAGUUCUUAUGUAUUACUGUUACAGAUAUUUUGUCAAAUGCCUUGCCUGUUGAAAUUUUUUUAAAGAUUUACCAAGUAAGGCUAUUCCUGCCAAACUGUUAUAGGGAGGACUUAGCUCCACAAUGAGAAGACAACGUUAACAACAAACCUUCCUUCAACUUCUCAUUCAUCAGGGCUACUGGACACCCUGAGGACUUAAUAGCAUGUUAAAACUACAUGACCUUUUUUGCACAUUUCUAAAACGAGUUUACAAAAAAAGUUGAAAAAGCUUGUAAAUAAAUAGUUGCUGCUUUAAUUGGUAUGGAAAUUAUUAUUAAGAAAUAUAUUUAACAUACUGUACAACAGAGUCACCCUGUGCAGGGUUCUAUGAAAGGUAUCCUUCUGUGUAAGGUCUAUAGCAUUGUUUCUUACAGCACACAGUUUAUAGUAUUUUCAGUAUUCUGAAGAGCAUGUUGGGUUAACUUCCAUUUCCUAUGCAAAUGUGCACAGUGUUGCAUGUUGUGCUGAUUAUUCCCUCAGCUUCUCAGUGGCAUUUCGUUUUGGAGAUUUCAGAAAUUAAUUGCUUCGCUAUUUUUCGUGCACAGAGAACUGGAAAAUGAAAUGUAAAUGGCAUGCAUGGAAUUAUCACUAUUUCUGAAAAUAUGGUUUCUGGAAAUUAGAUGUUAAA